AGGACUAAUCGCAUUCCUUCUUAAAUUGUUUUCCUUAGUAUUAUUCUUACACUAAAGUUAAAAUCAUACACACAUAACUUCCUUUCCAUACCGCAUUCCCACUCCCUCUUAACCACCACACCAAACUUCUCUUCGUCAGUUCGUCAAUCUACAUAUCUCUGAGCUUUUCUCCAUUCGUUAAAAUGGCCAUUCAGGCUGAUUAUGGGCUUCUAUGGAACAAUGUUGCAUCUGCCGGAGGAGGGGCUAAUGCUUCCUGUUUCAGUCCUCAACAUCUUCACUUUCAACUCAUGGAUUUACCCCUUAAUUUCGCCAUCACCGAGUUUGACAAGCAGAAAUGGGAUACAGAUCGAUUCAUCUAUUUACAGAACGAAAGGUUGAAGGCUAUUCUAGAAGAACAGAGGAAGGAACAGCUGAUACUGAUCUUAAGAAAAUUUGAAGCGAAAACUAAAGGUCUAUUCGAACAGAAGGAUGAAGAGAUAGCAGCGGCGAUGAAGAGGACGGCGGCGCUUGAAGCCAUACUGAAACGGCUGGAGAUUGAGAAGCAGACGUGGCAGAUGGCGGCGAAGGAGAGGGAAGCAACGGCGUCGUUUCUCGUAGGCAAGUUUGAGCGCUUGAGAGAGAGCGUGUGGAAUUCGUCGGGAAAUAAUAGUGCGGAAGAUGCGACUUCAUCAUGCGGUGGUCGUCGGCGGCGGCACCACGGUGACGGCGAUCAUCAUAAUUUGUUGAAUUCAUCGUCGGUGGAAGAUAAAGGGAGAAUGAUGAUCUGCAAAAGGUGCAAUGUGCAGGGAUCGUGCCUAGUGUUUUUGCCGUGCAGGCACCUCUGUUCAUGCAAAUCGUGCGAGGCCUUGCUUGAUUCCUGCCCCAUCUGCAAAGUCCCUAAGAAAGCUUGUAUCGAAGCCUACCUCUGAUAUAAUCAUUUCACUCACAAGUAAAAUACGAGUAAUUGAUUAUUUUAAGCAAAACUUACUCCGUAUAUUUUCAUCUCUCCUUGUAAGUGUAAAAUUUCACUUUCCAUUGUUGUCACUUCUAAUUCUUGUUCGUAAGUGACACAAUUAAUAUUUGUGAUGUUAAGACUCGUCUAAGGUAAGAGAAUAAUUUAUUCUUA